AUGUAUCAGUGCGUAGAGAAAUCACCACGAUUAAAUUUAUAUAGCGCUCGGAAAGCAAGAUUUAUUAGUCAUUUCGCUUUGAAUAAAGGUAGAAACGUUGAUGGAUUUGAUUUUUGCCAGGGGAAAGGAUCUAUUAUGCGUAAUUUUGGGGAUAUAAAAACAAAUAAAAUACAUAUGCUUCCUCCAAUUAUCUAUCUUCCUAAUAAAGAUUUUUCACCUUGGACGUAUUUGAGAAAUUCGAGUUUGUUUACGAAUCAAGUUGACCCAAAAGUUUCAAAAGACGAAAUUGUACGAAUCCAUAUUCCAAUUGUAACUGUGCAAUACACAUGUAAAGCAGCAAGUGAGUUCAUUCAGGAUAUUAGAAGUGCACUUAAUACCUCCGACCCGACAGAAAUUAAAAGGAAAUUAGAGAUGACAUUUAAUUAUUAUGGCAACUACAUAGUUACAAAAGCUACACUUGGUGGUGCCAUUACUAUUAAAGAUUGGUCAAAAAUCCCUGAUGAAAGUAAAUCAUAUUUAAUGUGCUACAUUCAGUGGGGAAUUGAUUAUGUUAAAGGGAAUGCUUUAAACGUUUUUGAAGAUGUAGUACUUGAUAAAUUACCACGACUUGAGGCUUCAUCCAAUAUAAAAUUUAUUAGAGAUCUAUAUACUUGGUUUAAAAAUUUAUAUGAUUAUAAGUUUGCAGAAAUUAUAUCAUAUGAUGAAUAUAUUCCAUCUUACGAACUAUUACCAGAAGAGUUACAACAACAAUUAUGUAAUGUUAAUGGGUUUAAACCCGUUAAAAAUCCUCUCAAUAUAUUAGUUCCAAAUAUUUAUACUGGAUAUGAUGCACAUGAUAUUAAAGAAUGGAUAGCAUUGGAACCACUACAUAAUUUACAUCUUUGCAAUUGGGUUUACAUUAAUGAAUUGCAGCAUGGUGUAAUUUUCCAACGUUCAAAAUUAAAACGUGGUCAAAAGGCUGCAUUUAAAUUUCUAAAGGAACCGAAAAUAACUAAAGUAAAUGAGCUUAUUGUCAUAUUAUCACAACCAAAGACGGACCAAGAAGCCUACAUGUUUGAAAAUGGUAUAAUUUUAAAUGAGAGAGAUGGAUUAGAACUUGAUAAAAUCCCCUUUACUGAAUAUAACUCAGCUUUUAAUGUUCCUCUAGAAGAUUUCAGAUAUUCUAAACAUCAGCACUCUAAUGCAAUUUAUUGUCAAGUUAUUUUUCAUGCAAUCAAUAUUUCUUUUGACCAAUCAGACAUUAAACAUUUACAAGAAUUUUCAGAUGCACUAAAUUCUGAACUUCAUAGCAAAGAGCCAUUUAAAAAUCUUUGCAGGUUAUUUGGGAAGGAUUACGGACAUUUAUUGCCAAGAACUUUUAUGUUUGGUGGAGUUUUAUCAAAAAAAUAUAUAUCAGGUAAUAAUCCCACAAACAUUAAAGAACGAAAAUUUAUAUUCAAUGAAAAUGAUCCUAAUGCACUCAAAGAAAUUGAAGAUCAUUUAAAGGCAUGGAAUGUUGAAUUUAAAGAUGUUGACACUUCAAUAUUCCUUAACAAUAGAGGGGAUGCUGUUCGUCGCAACGAAAUUGAAGAAUGGUGGCAAACUCUUGCUAAUAAUCCUAACAACUGGGAUAUUAUAUCUUUAGAAGAUUGGAUGCCAAUAUGUCAUAUAGUUUUCAAGGGGGAGAUUUUAUUACAAGGUCAAAAUUUUGCAAUUAUUAUAUUUCCUAAACCACUUGUCAAUAACAAUUAUCAUGUCGUUGGAAAUGUUUUUAAUAAAAAUGGAGAUUACUGGGACAAUGAUCCAGAAGCAACAGUCAUAUUUGAUCAAAUUAAUGAAAGUAUUUGUAAAGCACGUAUCCAAAAUAAUUUCGGAGAAAGGUAA